AUCAAAGGUACAUUAAUUGGACCCCCCAUCCUUACUCAUUGUAUCAAAGAGACAAAAACCAACCUUCACCCACUCCCCCUCAUUUUCCUGCGGCCUGCACCCUCCAAGCUAGAGCAAAGAAGUCCUCCAUCUCCAUUGUUGAAGAAAGCUCAACAAGGAAAGAUCCCAAGAAAAGGAAUUUAAGUGCUAAAAGUGUGAAGGUUAAGGAACUUGAUUAAAGUAUUUUUGAGCUUCACCGGAGUUUCGCCGGAGUUGGUCAAAGUUCACCGGAGUUGGUCAAAGUUUGCCGGAAUUAGUCAAAGUUCAACCGCGGAGCGUAGAACACGCUUAAGCUCACUUAAGUUUCAGGUAGAACUUGAAGGGUGCUACCAUCACCGUUGCUUCGGGCGGAUUAUCAAGGAGAGGAGACGUGAAAUGGAACGCACCGGUAAAGUCACCCGACGAAACCCGACUGGCCAGGCGCCGGGAAGGUCCCAACAUGGCAGUCGAGGGGCAUCAAGGGUGUCUCGGGGGCAGGGCCGUGCAGGCCACUCGCUGACCGUUAGUGACGGUCAUGUUGAAACAAUUGACGAGCAUUAUGAGUCCGAGGAGGAUUCAACGUACCGACCGGGAACGGAGCCGGUUGAAACCCCAUAUGAUGGGGAAGAUGAUGACAUUAGCGAGGGGAGCGACGAUAACGACGCUCUAGAAAGGAUUGAGGAAUUGCUCCGGCAAUAUCAUCAAGAUCGCCAAAGGCGCCGGGCAAGGCGUGCUUCGAGGGGGGCUUCGAGUAGAGGGAGCCGUGUGAGUCCUAGGGGAAGCAUAGAACCCCAAGGAGGGCGAGGUGCCGAGGUUCCUAUCAUAAGAAUCUCGAAGUACCUAAAGGAGGCGAGAGACUUGGGAUGUAAACCGUUUGAUGGAACGGGAGACAUCUCCGUGGCGGCCGAGUGGAUCAAGAGAUUCAAUGAAGCGGCCCUGGAUAUGCAGCUGCCACCGAACAUGAAGUUGAGAGUGGCCACAAGACUACUAGAAGGCAUGGCGUCCACAUGGUGGGACGGAGCUAAAGGGAAGUACGGCGAGGCCGUCACCUGGGAGAAUUUCCGACAAGAAUUCUUUAGCCAAUACUACUCCGACUUUGAAGUGAAUUUAAAGAGGAGGGAGUACACAACCUUAACCCAAGGAGGUGAGUGCACAGUGAAGGAGCUUGAGCACAAGUUCAGAAAACUUGCUGAGUUCAUACCGGAGUACAUUUGUGAUGAGAACCGGAUGGUGAACCACUUCUGGAACGCCUUGGACCUUGAUAUACGUGAGAGGGCAACACAAUUGCCUAAUAUGACGUUUAGCCAAGUGGUCGAACAAGGCUUGAAGGGGGAGAAGGAAUGGGAGGAAAGGAAGCGAAGAAAUGCCGAGGAGGCAAAGAAAAGAAAAUGGGAGAACCAUGGCCCCCAGGGUUCAAACAAGAAGGGGAAUCACGGGGGAGGAGGAUCCUUUAGGGCACCCGCACCACCAUCAAGGGGGAAUCCCAACAUGAGUGGGCAGAACUCGGGAUCACAAGCCCCGACGAAGCCUAAGUGCAGGAAUUGCAAGAGAAAUCACGAGGGCAAAUGUCGUGAUCCCCCACGGUGCUACCAAUGCGGAGAUACGGGGCACAUAAAGCCCAAUUGCCCUCAACUUGGUGGGAACCGGUCAUCAGGGCCAAGCAGUGCAACCAUGGUGAGUAGAAACCGGGGUGGGGCACCCAAUGCAGGCACAAACCACGGCGGGGCAAGUACAAGCAACGCACCCUCCGUGAACCAAGGAAGGGCUCAAGCGAGAGUCUACGCGAUGACCGAGGCGGAUGCGCGAGCAAACCCGGACUCCGUUGCAGGUAAUACACAUAUUCCCAUGUAUUUCUAGGCUUAGUUUGAUCAUAUACACCGUUGGGGGUUGAGUUCGGGCCACCCCGGGACCAAACGGAG